AUGGAUUGUAGGGCUGAGGACUACGAGAAGUCGUUUGUUGAAAGAUACUUGGAAAGGACGGCAUCAGUAAAGAUUCGUGAGUUAGCGAAAAGGGCAGAAGACCACAGAAACAAGGGAGAGAUGGAUAAGGCUAGGGAACUGGAGAAAGAGAUAGAGAAAAUUAAGAGCGAGCUCGUUGCUGACAAGUCGAUUGUGUCCAAGACUGACUGCAGAAGAGAAGAGGUUGAAAGCAAGGAAAGCAUCGAUUUUGAGUGGGAUGGCGCAGAGGAUGAUAGGGACAUCAAGGUGUUUGAUGCCAAACGUGCGAAGGCGGUUGAGAAGUAUUGCAGACAUAUGGGGAUUGAAGAAGACGAGUUUAGCGAGCAUAUAAAGAAAGAAGGUAAGGAGUGUGAGGGAUUUUCAGUGCCAGGGUUUCUCUGGAGCUCACUUUUUCCAUACCAACAGGACGGAGUAAGGUGGAUGCUGAGACUGUACAGGGAUGAGAAGGGUGGAGUUCUUGCGGACGACAUGGGGCUAGGGAAGACCAUUCAGGUGAUUGUGUUUUUGGGGGCUUUACUGCAUAGCAGAGUCGUUAGUAAGGCACUGAUACUCUGCCCCGCCACUAUAGUUUCGCAGUGGAUGGAUGAGUGGAAAAGAUUCUAUCCGUUCGUCCGGAUAUUUUUUGGAUUCCCCAACGAGGAUUGCGAAGGCGUCUACCUGAUGUCGUAUGAGAAGUUCAAAGCUGGGGUAAAGAACUUCUUGUGGGACGUGCUAAUCUUGGAUGAGGGCCACAGGAUUAAGAACAAGAAUGCACAGAUCACUCUUUCCGUGAAGAAGGCAAGGUCUAGGGGCAGGUUUGUUCUUUCUGGAACCCCAAUUCAGAACAACCUUGGAGAGCUGUGGUCUAUAUUUGACUUUGUCAAUCCAGGGCUUCUAGGAUCGCAUACUUCUUUCAACGAGGAGUUUGAGGAGGUGAUUCGCAGAGGGGGAUACAGGAAUGCCAGCAACCUCCAAGUGGAAAAGGCCUACAGACACAGCCUGAUGCUCAGAUCGCUGAUAGAGCCGUACAUACUAAGGAGAACAAAGUCGCAGGUUUCCCACAAGCUUCCGUCGAAGGAGGACAAGAUAGUAUUCUGCUCGCUGACGCCGGCCCAGAUUGAGCUCUACAACAGGGUUCUUGAGUCCAAACACAUAAUGAAAGUGCUGACCGGUAAAGCAAACCUUCUGAGCGGAAUCUCAAUGCUUCGGAAGGUGUGUAACCACCCGAGGCUACUCUUUCCUAGAAAGCUGGGAGUUUCUGAAGACUGUGAAGAGGAGGCGUCCGACGAGAAGAAUGGGGAGGACGAGGCCUUGGAGCUUCCAGGAGCAGAUGUGUCGUAUGAUUUAGUCAGCUCCUCUUGUAAGAUUAAGAUUCUUGUGGAUCUUCUCAAGAAAUGGCGAAGCGAGGGCAACAAGGUGCUGGUGUUUUCGCAGACAAUAAGAAUGCUGGAUAUAAUCGAGAGAUGCGUCAGAAAAUACACGUACUUGAGAAUGGAUGGGAGAACGCCAACAUCUAGCAGGCCCGGGCUUGUGGAUAGAUUCAACGAAGAUGAGGAUGUGUUUCUAUUUCUUUUAACGACCAAGGUAGGAGGCCUUGGACUGAAUCUCACAGGGGCAUCUAGGAUUGUUAUAUACGAUCCUGACUGGAAUCCAUCAACGGAUACGCAGGCCAAGGAGAGGGCAUGGAGAUACGGACAAAAGAAAGGUGUGGAAAUAUACAGAUUCGUCUGCAAAGACACUAUUGAGGAGAAGGUUUAUCAAAAACAGAUAUUCAAGGACUUGUUGGGGAAAAAGGUUCUAAGCAAUCCAAGGCUAAGUAGAUUUUUCAACAAGUCGUGCAUAAACGAGCUGUUCAGCUUUACUAUGACCGGAGAUCUUGUUGAGGUCAAAACACACGAGGUCCACAGAUGCGAUGAGGAAGGUGCUCUGAAGGAGGUCAGGGAUGGAGAUGGUGAAGCGUUUUCGCGGAUAAAAGCUUUAAACGAGAAAAGGGUUCUGAGUGGGUCUGAGGUUUUAGAGUAUAUUGCGCUGAGGGAAGGUGAAUGA